AUGAAUGAGGCAAAAUUCUGCAAAUUUAUGGCAAUGCUCCAGCAAUUGAUAAUAAAUGUGCCUUUGGUUGAGGCACUUGAGCAAAUGCCAGACUAUGCGAAGUUCAUGAAAAAUCUUGUGACUAAGAAACAGAAGGUUAGCCAUGAACCGAAGGACAAUCUCUUUCAUUGUGUCUCUAUCUCUACAAGGUCUUUUGUUCAGAAAAAGGCAGAUCCGAGCGCGUUUACCAUCCUAUGCACUAUUGGUUCCCUAAAUUUCACAAAAGAACUAUGCGAUAUGGGAGACAAUAUAAACCUAAUUCCACUUGUUGUAUACAAAAAAAUUGGUUUGGGGGAUCUUACUCUGACAAACAUGCAGUUAGUGAUGGCAGAUAAGUCUGUGAAGCGACCUAUGGGCAUAUUACAUGAUGUCUUGCAUAAGGUGGCCGAUUUCAUUCUGUCUGCUGAUUUUGUAGUCCUGGAUUGCGAAAUGGACUUUGAAGUGCCCAUCAUAUUAGGUAGACCAUUCCUUGCAACUGGGCGAGUGAUAGUAGACAUCGAGCUGAAUGAGCUGGAGUUCAGGCUCAAUGACAAAGAAGCACGCUUCGAAAUACACUCAUUUAUGACUCAGUAA